AUGCGAGGCCUCCCUGCCUUACGUUUAGACACAACAGCCAGCAACGGCGUGACCACUGCCACCUCCCUCUCAUCGCACACCGUCCUCUCAUCCGCAGUCUCACCUGCUACUCCCUCGCUGCGCGCCGAGCCGAGCAGCUUCUGCGGAGCGUUCGCGGAAGCGUCCCGCCAGCAGCUUGCCGGCCGGAGAAACGAAUUUUCAUCCAAUCAGGGGAGGCAGAGCGGCGAGGAUACUACCUCGAGGCGGUUAACAACCUCCGCUUUUUCCUCACCAUCGGGAUCCCACCGAAUCGCGCCUCCGCAGUCAUCACCGCUUCACCGCUCGCCAUCAAAGAAAGCACCAUCCGCAGCUGAAGUAGCUUCAUCCCCUUCUGUCGCCACCGGCGCCGCCGCUGGAGUGGCUUCUGCGUAUCUGUCUACCUCCACCGCAACCACGGCAAUCACUACCACUAACAGCUCACAAAUGCCUUCCCCGUUUCCCGGCUCGUUCCAAGCGUCCCUUGAAGCCUCCUAUUCGGCCUCGCUUCCGCUCACCGUGCCGCAUCUCGCGGCGCCUCUCGACCUAAGCCCGCACGCGCACCGCCAGACGCGGUUCGCGGUGGCUCUGGCGGCGCAACUGUCGCUCUUCUCCGUGCUCGCGCUGCUACAACCCGUCUCCGCGCUCGCCCUUGCGCAAUCCGCGCAGACAUCCUCCCGUCGUUCUUCCGCCUCCGCCAAUUCCACGCUCGCGCUCUUGCCCACGUGCCCCGCCACGUGGCACGAAACGGACGGAGCUGCUGCUGCAGUAAGCGAUUUGGACAAAUUUAAGCCGGCAAGAAGGCUGAGCAAGAGUUCGACGACUAAGGGCCUUGAGAAGCGGCGGAAUUCCCGCCGCCUAAUCAGAACGGCAAAAGCAGCGGGAGCGGCGGUUGCGGGGGAGGCGCUUGCGGACGGGGCUUUUGCCGACACGUUCGCGGCAUUGGCUGGGGACGAUUGGGUUCCGCAGAACGGUAACGGGGCGGCGCGCGGAAGCAGCAACGGGAACGGGCGGGGGCUGUGGGGAGGGGUGCGCGGGGGGGAUGCUGCGGCGGGGAGGGGGGAGUGGCAGGCGGUGAGCCUGGCGGAAGCGCGGGAGAUGGCGGAGCCGCCGUUCAAGGUGGCGGCACCGGGACAGCGGAUUGUAGCGAUCGGCGACGUGCACGGCGACUGGGAUCAGACCCUGGCGGCGCUGCGCGUGGCGGGCGUGCUGAACGAGAAGGACGGCGUGAGCGACGACGAGAUGUGGACGGGCGGAUCAACGGUGCUUGUCCAGGUGGGAGACGUGCUGGACCGUGGUGACGAUGAGAUUGCCAUUCUCUCAUUGCUCAGGCACCUGGACCGGCUGGCACAGCGGGAAGGGGGAGGCGUACUCAUGUUGAACGGUAACCAUGAAACGAUGAACGUCGCAGAGGAGUUUCGGUACGUGUCGGACGGGGGCUUCGAGGAGAGUGAGGACUUCUACUCCUUCUGCCUCUCCGAGUGCGGCGGCGACUGGGACAGCGCGUUCCGCGUGUGGUGGCAGGCCUCCCAGCAGCUCAAGGCGUCUAAGAGGCGUCGAAAGGGGCCGUGGAACGGAUGGAACCCCAUUCAGGGCCAGCGGCAGGUGCGGGAGCGGCACGAGCUGUUUGAGGUGGGCGGGCCGAUGGCAGCAGAGCUGGCGCGGAACAAUGCUGCUCUCAUGGUCAACGACACCCUGUUUGCACACGGGGGCAUCCUGCCUCACCAUGUGGAAUACGGCCUGCCUCGCAUGAACCGGGAGCUGUCGCAGUGGAUGCGCGGCGAGGAGGUGUGGGGCGAGGGGGGGCGCACCCCGAUGCCGUUCAUCGUGACGAGGGGCUAUAACAGUGUGGUGUGGACUCGGCUGUACUCUCAGGAAUACCUGGGGUCUGGCGAGGACAAGUACAAGAUCUGCACUGUGCUGGCUGCUUCGCUGGACGCAGUGGGGGCAAAGAGGCUUGUUGUGGGGCACACACCGCAAGUGGGCGGGGCUAACGGAGUGUGGCGCAUCGACGUGGGCAUGUCAUCAGGCAUGCUCAACGCCCCACCCCAGGUUCUGGAGAUUGUGGGGGACUCUGUGCAAGUGCUGGGUGCGCGCACCACAGACGGACUGGCUGCCAUGCGCGUCAGAAGAUGA